CGUGUUCAUUCCUCCCAAGCCACGGUCGAUUAUAUACUCUGUACACUGACCUGGUCCACGAUGUGGUCCAUUAACAAGAUCCUUAUUAACGACACAAUAAAGUUGCCAACAAUCAUCUCGACCCUCUCAGCACUCCUCACCAUACUUCUGACCUCCUGGCCUACCCCCACCUCCGCCAUGCCUACACUUUUGCAUCCCGACAAGACGCGCAAUACUCCGCAAACGAGAAGUCUCGGCGGCAUCCUCAUCUGUAACGGCCCUAAUGCCUCGCAAGCGUGUGCCUAUAACAUCUACGAAAUGGAAACUUGCUACAACCUACCGCAACAGUUUUUUCGGAAUACCAAUACAUUUGCGCUGGAUGAAGGGGAGUGGUACUGUUAUCCUUAUAUCAUGUCUUGCAGAGAAAUCUGCACCUCACCCGAAGGCUGUACUCUCGGCGGCGUAUCCUCCCAAUAUGAGCACAAGUUCAACCUCAGCGCUGUGGGAUGGGACCAUUAUAUCUCCUCGUUCGAGUGUCACUUGGGUGUUGCUCCGUCGGUACCGUAGCUGUCCAUCCCAUGGGUAGGGCCCGGAAUUGGGUGAUGAGGUUUUUAUAACUGGCGCAAAGAAAACGGGAGAAGACUGAUGAUUGACGAUUGUUGAAUAUCCCUUUGGCGGGGUGAGCAGUAGUGUGAUGGAAGAUGUGCGAUAAUCGCGGAAAAAGAAGAUACCCUCAACAAGGCUCUCUCUGUCUUUCGUAGACAUGCAGUUAUUUUUGCUAUCCUCGGGCCUCCCAGCCUUUCAAUCGCCGCUCCAUGGAGAGCUGUGCGUUGUUGCUUUGCAUAUCGAAUACCACAGAGGAAGUAGCAAACGUUAAGAACCGAAAACUGGCGAGACUGUUGCAUAUGACAACGGAUAAUCCCAAAGGGGUAUCUUCGGGCUAGGAUCGGCAAUUCGGAAAUCUGACCCCAUUUUAC